AUGAAAGUCAUCAAGAUCCAGCCAGGGGGUAGGGCUGCCGUUUUCGACGCGCCAAUACCACGGCUGCACCCUGACUGCGUCAUGGUCAGAACCGUCGCAGUAUCGUUGAACCCAGUGGACUGGAAAACCAUCAGCUUUGUGCCCGGAACCGCAGGUUGCACCGCUGGAUCCGACUUUGCAGGCACCGUGCGUAAGGUCGGGUCAAAAGUGACCAAUCUCAGGGUCGGCGAUCGGGUUGCCGGAUGGGCACACGGCGGUAACAUCGGCAGCCCUGAGGAAGGCUCCUUUGCCGAUUAUGUCGUGGCCAAGCAAGGAAUCAUUCUCAAGAUCCCAGCAGGUGUGGGCUUCGAGGAGGCGGCUACUCUGGGUGUUGGGAUCUCGACCGUCGGUCUAGGUCUAUUCCGACGGCUUGAGCUUCCGCUGCCGACCGAAGCGGUCAGCAGCAGCCUACCAUUGCUAGUAUACGGCGGCAGUACGGCGACAGGAACUUUGGCUAUCCAGUUUGCCAAACUGUCCGGCCUCAGUGUCAUCACGACAUGCUCCCCUCACAACUUCGCCAUGGUCAGUGACCUGGGAGCUGACGCAGUAUUCGACUAUGCGAGUCCCAAUGUUGGUUCCGACAUCCGAGAGCUCACCCAGAAUGGACUUUACUAUGCCUUCGACUGCAUCUCGACUGAAGAGUCGGCACGGAUAUGCGCGGAUGCCCUCUCGGAAGACACGAUCAGCAAGAAGCCAGUGUAUAGUGCCGUGCUUUAUUGUCAUUUCCCACGUAAGGAUGUGUGCGUAAAAUUCACGGUCGCUCAGACCAUCUUUGGCAAAUCCUUCAACAAACCAGAACUGGGGCCCGAGGAUUUUCCCGAGGAUACGGGUGACUAUGAGUUCGGUCAAACCUUCUGGAAAAUAGCCGAAGGCCUUUUGGCGGAGGGCAAGUUCAAGGUUCAUCCACGGGAUGUCAGAGGUGGCGGCCUCGAGGGUGUUUUGAAAGGGUUAGAGGAACUGAAGGUGGGCAAGGUCAGCGGGAAGAAGCUAGUGUACAACAUUGGGGCGGCGAAGGGGUAG